UUUUCAUGGCCAUCACAGUACCGAAACAUUGUGAAAUUCAAGUUCUCCGAGUUCUCUUUGAUUUUGCCAAAACAGCGAUGGUUUCUCACAUCAGUGGAACUAUUAAGACUCCCAUAGGGGAUAUGCUGGCCACCGUGAGUGUGGACAAUCGCUUGGAGAAGCUGGAUUUCAUGGACAAAGUUGCGACCGCAGCGGACUUAGAUCACACCAAGUUGUCCAGGAACGCCAAGCAUCAUCCGAUUCUCAGACAAGUUCAGCUGGAGCUGAACGAAUACUUUGCUGGACAGAGGCAGUGCUUCUCCGUGCCACUCGUGGAUGCUGAUCAUCCGCUCCUUAGCAUUCCCUAUGGCGUUGUCUGGACGUACCAGCAACUGGCGGAGUUCAUCGAGAAGCCCAAAGCCUUCCGCUACGCUGGACACAUUUGCAAGGUGAACAACGUCUCCAUCAUCAUCCCGUGCCAUCGUGUGAUCUCCAAAGGAGGAAAAGUCAACUACGGCGGAGGUCCAGAUCGCAAGAUUUUCCUCCUUGACCUUGAGAUGAAGUGGAGCAAGCACAGCAUGGAAAAUCUCACAGAGUCAGAGUAAAACUCAUCAGUUUUUUUCACCUU